AGCCAGGAGAAAAAGGGAAAACCCAGGGAAAGAGGAUUCUGAAGCAAAGCCUGAAGGGAUAAUGAUGGUGGUGGGCAUCCAGAACGAUAACAGGUCAGGUGCAUGCAAAAAUCUUUGUCUUAGGGGCUCAGACUAAAAGGUGGAAUUUAACUUGCCUCCCCUCCCUUAGUUCUUGAAUCCUGACUCUGAGUGGGUAAGGAAGGCGGCUGUCUACUGCUGAGGAUGGGAUGCCAGGGAGUCUCUCUUGGGGAGGAAAAAGCCUUUGGUUGGGCUUAGCAACAAGAAGAAGAAAAUCCACUGUCCUGAGAAGAGGGCUGAACAGCCUCCUGUGGCUAUCAGUGAGCAUCCACUUAAACCAAGGCAGAGGCUGGACAGCUGGCUAUGCAGUGUUGUGCUGAGGACGUAGAAAUCUCAGGGGGGAUUUCUGGCUGAGACAUCGAGCCCACAUGGGGUGUUCUGCAGGUGCUUAGGGCUGAGCCUUCUCAGGACAUGUCCUACAGACAGAAUGAAGUCAAGUGCUUCUCCGAUGUGGACCCGGCCGCAGCCGGGUGAGCUAUGUGUGGCAGAGAGCAUGAUGCACUGUUUCCUUUGCUGAGAAGAAAGAUCAAGACAGAGACCACAUUGCAGAGGACCCUGCACCAGCCAGGCUGCAUGAGCGACAUAAAUGCCAAAUGCAGGACAGGCUUGUUUUUAGUCUUUUCUCCACAUUGCCAUCAUCCAAACACAUGCUUCAACGGAUAUUAGAGUUUCAUUGAACCUCCUUCCACCACCGGACAGUGAGAAAACUUCUCAUUAAAGGCCUAAAUAUGACAGUUGCUACUGGAGACCCCACAGAUGAAGCAGCAGCUUUGCCUGGUCACCCUCAGGACACCUACAACCCAGAAACUGAUCAUGAAUGUUGCGAAAGGGUAGUCAUUAACAUUUCGGGACUGCGGUUUGAAACACAGCUGAAGACACUAGCUCAAUUUCCAGAUACCUUGUUAGGAGACCCUAAAAAGAGAAUGCGAUAUUUUGAUCCUCUCCGGAAUGAGUAUUUCUUUGACCGAAACAGGCCCAGCUUUGAUGCUAUUUUGUACUACUACCAAUCUGGUGGCAGGUUGAGACGGCCUGUCAAUGUACCCUUAGACAUCUUCUCAGAAGAGAUACGGUUUUAUGAACUUGGGGAAGAAGCUAUGGAGAUGUUUCGGGAGGACGAAGGUUACAUCAAGGAAGAAGAACGGCCUUUACCAGAGAAUGAGUUUCAGAGACAAGUGUGGUUGCUAUUUGAGUACCCGGAAAGCUCUGGGCCAGCCAGGAUUAUAGCAAUUGUCUCUGUCAUGGUCAUUUUAAUCUCAAUUGUCAGCUUUUGCCUGGAAACUUUGCCUGUGUUCCGGGAUGAAAAUGAAGACAUGCAUGGCAGCAGUAGCCAUUCGAGCCCUUUUUCCAAUAACACUCUGGGGUCUCAUCAGCAAACAUCUUUCACAGACCCCUUCUUUAUAGUAGAGACACUCUGCAUAAUUUGGUUCUCCUUUGAAUUCUUGGUGAGAUUCUUUGCCUGCCCCAGCAAAGCCGGGUUCUUCACCAACAUCAUGAACAUCAUUGAUAUUGUAGCCAUCAUCCCCUACUUCAUCACACUAGGGACAGAACUAGCAGAGAAACCAGAAGAUGGCCAGCAAGGACAGCAGGCCAUGUCUCUAGCCAUCCUCCGAGUGAUCCGUCUGGUGAGGGUGUUCAGGAUCUUCAAACUCUCCAGACACUCCAAAGGAUUGCAGAUCCUGGGACAAACCCUUAAGGCCAGCAUGAGGGAGCUGGGUCUCUUGAUAUUUUUCCUCUUCAUUGGUGUCAUCCUGUUCUCCAGUGCUGUCUACUUUGCAGAGGCUGAUGAGAGUGAAUCUCAGUUCCCCAGCAUUCCAGAUGCUUUUUGGUGGGCAGUGGUUUCCAUGACAACAGUUGGCUAUGGAGACAUGGUCCCCACAACCAUAGGUGGAAAAAUAGUUGGUUCCUUGUGUGCCAUUGCAGGUGUAUUAACAAUUGCCUUACCAGUGCCGGUUAUAGUGUCCAACUUCAACUACUUCUAUCACCGUGAGACAGAGGGAGAGGAGCAAGCUCAAUACUUGCAAGUCACCAGCUGCCCAAAGAUCCCUUCUUCCCCUGACCUAAAGAAAAGCAGAAGUGCCUCCACUAUUAGUAAGUCUGAUUAUAUGGAGAUACAAGAAGGUGUGAAUAACAGUAAUGAGGACUUUAGAGAGGAGAACUUGAAAACAGCCAAUUGCACCCUAGCUAACACAAACUAUGUUAACAUAACCAAAAUGCUAACUGAUGUCUAGUUAAUUAAAAAAAGCAUCCACCCUGAUAACAUAUUUAAAACUCAAGUGGAACAAUUGCAGAUGUUGCAUAAUACCUUGCAUUGUAGUUAAUACAAUAUGUUCUACAACGUGUAUCGGUUCUGCAUGGAAAGCAAUAGUUGUGUAAGUGACUCUUUUUAACAUUUGAUGCUCAAUAAGCUUUCAUGCAAUCUUUUUUCCAUCACAGAAUUCUGGGUUUCCAACUAUAUGGAACAUUUAAGGCAAAAUUCAGUCACAAUACCAGAUGAAAGGCAUUUGAGGGUGGGAAAAACUCUCCCCAUGUAAACAACAGUAACUAACAAAUGCCACUUAAAUACAUAUCAUAUAAUAGAACUCAACCCAUGCAAAAAUAUAUCCCAAGGAAAUAGUAUGCAACUAUAACAUCUAGCUUCCAAGCUUCAGGAAUUAUACAAAAGGUCAUGCAUAGUUUAAUUACUGGAACAUCCAUUCAAAUUACUUUUAAGGUCCAGAUUUCCAGAUCAGAAAUGCCAAAGGGAGAAUAUGCCAUGCAGGGUCAUACUUCUGAACCAAAAAUGCUGCAUUGGAUUCUUCCACUGCAGCAUGUCAGUGUGAGGCUCGCGGGAGGCUCUGUUUAGUAGGACAUUUUCUGUUGCUUUGGUCGAGAUACAUCAAGAGCCUGGAGACAUUUUUUUUCCCCUUCCAAAAAACAACACAUGCAUUUUUUUCUGGUUUGGGGGUCACCGACCUAUUCAGAACUGAAAAGCAUCUUGUUUCAAAUGCUGGAGCAACUAAGCAGUGGCCUAGAAUAUAUUUAUACUGCAGUGAAAUUUAACCAGUAUUACAGUACAGCUGCAUGGAUAUUUGUUGCAUGGAUCUUAAUAUUUAAUACACAAAUAUAUCUAUUUUCUUAAGUAGACUAUAGGAUAUUCCUGUUUAUAGGGUUUCUAGAUUCUCCUGUGGCUCAAAAGGAAAUUCAUGGACAUAAAAGGCAAAAAGCAAUGGGUUAGGGAAGGAUGAAUGCUGGCCACAAAUUUGAUAAACAUGGCAAAUGCCCCCAAAUGUUUGCUGGCAUGAGUAUGCAAUCCAGGGAAGGUGUUAUAAGGAUUCUACACCAGUCUUCAGCAUGGAAGGAGCAACUGAUAAUUAAUACUGGUAUCAUGUAUCUAUAGCUGUCCAGAGAUGGUAAAACUUUCAGGCUUAUUUCUGAUUAAUGGAUCUCUGGAUGAUACUGUCAAGCAAAUAUUUGAUGUGCAAGUAUAUAAGAUCAGAGCUCAGAGAUCAUUCAUAGUGCUUACAAGAGAGACAGAUUGAGAUCCAUAGCUAAUGUGCAAAGGUACAGAGUACCAAUUACUUCAUCUAAACCAGUGCAUUGUUGUAUACUGGAUCUAGCUUGAAGUCUUUAAUGCAUCUUCUGGCAGUGCACAGGUUUAUGCAAUAAUGUCAGCCCAAGGUCAUUUAUUCAGGUAUGGGCCAAUUUGUCCUUGGGAAACAGGUCUUAAUAGAGCUACAUCCGCUAGCUCUUAGUAGCUGAGGAAGUGGCUGUGUGUGAAUAUGUGUGAUGCAUGGCUUAGGAGUUAAGAGUUCUCCACUGGGAUGUCAUGCAAUGGACACAGCAUUCUAUAGCUUAGAAUAAAACGGACCAAAUUCCACUCUCAGCCAAUAAAUCUGCUGAAAAUGUCCAAGUGUAAUAUGGUGGCAGAACCUGGCCAAUCUCAUCUCUCAGAGUCAAAUUAGCUGUUUUGAAUCAGGCGGUGGCACUUUAUUUGAGUGGCAUGCUGGAUUGGCACCCUGUUGAUAGUGCCGGUUUGGCUCUCGGGACAGGAUAGUACCUCAAUAAAAAAACCAUUCUGCUAUCAACAUCUUGAGAAAGCUGCCUUUGAAAUAAAUAGGACUAUCAGAAGAAUGAAAUCAGCCCUCCCCCACCACUGCCCCCAGCUCCUUAUUAAUAUUCCUGCAUUGUGUUUAUGGCAAAUUUGACCCUUCAGCUUUAAUGGAGGCUCCUCACACUGCAUAAAAAUCCUGAAGUCCUCAACUGGAUUAAAAAACACUGGAGAUGUAUAUUUUGAACUAUAUAUAUCUAAUUUUAGAACAACUGGGAGUCCUAGAAAGUGUUCCAAACCAUUGCCAAGGGAGCACAGCAGAAAUUCCCCAACAAGAUUUGUUAGUUCCUGCAUGUAUUACUUAGGUAGCUUGCUUAUUGGUCCUGAUCUCGCAUUGAUAUGGAUGAAUGCACUGUGAGGGUCAGUUCACAAGACCUGCUGUGAACCAGCAUGUUAAGAGCAGGAGUUGAGUGGAUGUGUGCAGAGUCUGGCAUGUGGUGAAAUGAUUGUGCAGUUGCUUCAUCAUAUAGCCAGCUUGCAAGCAAUUCAUCCUGCUUUUACUGACUGAGUCUACUUUUACCAGCACCCAACUCACUAGCAACAGCUCUGCACUGUUCAUGGAAAACACAGGCUGAACUGCAGGCUGACUAGAUGCUGAAAUUAUCACCUGACCACUUUAGCAUAUGCAAAACUCUACACAACUCUCUCCUCCACCUGCACUCUGAAGAAGUCACUUUGAUUGUAUGAAUUGAUUUGGAGUUAAAUCUGUGCUUUCAUCAAAGGGCCAAUAUAUCCCAGCAAUUCUAUUUUAAAUGGGAUAUAGCAGAUGCAUGCAAAAUUGGUCCUUUGUUCAGACUUUCUUUUGGUUUUAUACACAUUGCAGGGAAGCUGACUUUUACAAUUUGAAAAAGGAUCUUAUGUCAAGAGUUCUUUGCAAAGCCUGAUGCUAGGUUCUUGUGAUAAAAACUGGGCCAAUUUCAGCAUUCUCUCACACUUCCCUUUUUUCAAUGAAAGGCCAUUGUAAACCUCUUGGUUGUUGGCUGCAAUGUAUGUUACAAUGUAUGUUAUAAUGGUUCAAAAAACAAAAGAGAACAAAAAAGAAGUAGAAAAAAAGGAGAGAUGCCAUGAUUGUUGCUAACUAUAUAAAACUAUCAGCAGUACUGGACUUUUACUGCAGGAUUAGGUCCAUCUACGUCAUAGUGCCUUGGACCAUUUUUGCAGAAUGCUGACAAAGGACUAGCUUGGCAUUGCAUCUCUGAUUACUUGCUCUCCAAGUAUGCGAUGAAUUUAAAAGGCUAAUUUUGGAAUAUCUUGCAUUGCAGUGAGCAGGAAUGGAAUAAUCCUCCCUAUUGCCUUAAGCCACUGCUAAAAAUAUCCUGUCCUCUCCAUCCCUCCAUGUGUGUAAAAGGAAGAAAUAUACUUGGUUGACAAUCCACACAGGACAGACUGCCUGUCCUGAACAUUAGGGCAAAUCUGUCUAUGCAAGGAUGCAUGGGUGAAUGGGUUAAUUCAGGGAAAUUCACUGGGCACGAUCUCCAUUGUUAAUGACAGAGUAGAAUCCACAGAGCUCCAGGGAGCUGUGGGCCAAAAUUAAGCCUACUUACCUCAGUGGUAGUGGUGGCUAUCUAUGUCAUUGUAGGCUUAUGAGAAUGAAACUUAUCUAGUAUGGAAUUCUCUUUCUUCAGUGUGCUGCUUCUACUUCUGCUCCCCAGCAUCUUAGGCUGUAUCCAGACCAGCACUCUUAUUCCAUUCCAUUUAAUCACACUAGCUGCCCCAGGACUUGCUUUUGCAUAUUAUCCAAAGCCACAUUAUUUUCAUGCACCUCCCCCUUUUCCUCUCGGAACUGGCUGGCAUCCAGACUAAUGCUGUACUAUUACAAUUAACACGUUGCACAUGUGCAACAUGUCCAAUGGACUUCUUGCACAUGGGCAAGAAGGGCACAUAGCUGAGUGGAUGCUCAGAGUUGCACAAUUUCUUGCGGUCUCAGUUCACUUGUGCAACAAGGACAGCAGAUAGUUUUGCAUUGUUCCCUCCAACAUAAAUGGAUUGAGGAAGAGGUUGGACAGCAGGAGGUGCACCACAGGUUGUGCAAGUGCACUCUGUUGUACUGGUGCAACAGUAGUCUGGAACUCAGGCUCCUGAAUGAGUGGAACUAGCUAGUGCAACAUCUUUGCACUAAUGCAACAUGCUUGCACGAAUGCAGUGUUAGUCUGGAUGUCAGCCACUGGGCUUUAAUCCGCCCCCUCGCACUAGAUUAGAUGCAGUGUAUCAAAAAGUGUGAGGCAUGCAAAGGUGUGACUCUUGAAACGGCAUUGGGAACUGGCCAUGUGUAGCUUCCGCUUAAGAAACAAUCAACUGGAAGAAGUGUGUAAGACAAGCAGGUGUAUAAGUGCCAUGGUGCAAAUCCAGCACCAAUUUUCUUUCUUUUUAAAGUGAAAAGAUCUGAUAAUGAAGGAGGAGAGGUGGGAUAUUCAGGAAGGGAGAUAGCUCAAGACGUCCUUUCAGGUCAGUUGCAGAAAAGGUACCUUUUUAAUGAGGACCUAGAAAAUGUUUGUAAUGGUGGGAUGGGGGUGGGGGUGGUAACCAGAAGCCCAGAACUAGAAUACAAAAAAAGCAAUACAGUAAAGCAAGUCAUGCAAUCUAGUUUGGAUUGUACCUCUUCUUUAUGCAAAACCCCACAGCAGAUCAUGUUAAAAAUGUUGGUGUGGAUGCAUCCUUAACAGCUGCUCUUUUACUGCCAUCCCAGUGGCCAGAUUGCCAUCAGAAGCAAUGACCUGAAGCUGGUUAGCACCUUCUGAAUUUAUAUCGUUCUGUUCUUAACUAUGACCCUAUACAACAAGGGGGUCAAACUACAGUCCUUUGGAUGUUGUUGGCCUACAAGUCCCAUCAUCUCCAGUCAUAGUGGUGAGUAGCCAGGGAUGAUGGGAGUUGUAGGCCAACAUCUGCAGGAGGGCUGCGCUCCUGCUAUACAAGAUUUCUGUUCUGAAAUAGCUCAAUUUAAGAAUGCCAGGCUAGUGACUUUGCAAAAGCUGCCAUCAGUCAGGCUUCUAGAGGAAAUAUCUCCACUCCCGGGAUGGGUUAAAACUAAGAAAGGCCUCUUGGUACCCUAGUGUAGUAUCAGACAGAGCUUCUCGUUGUCUAUGAAUCUUCUGCUGUAUCAGGACCUAGACCAAAAUAGUCUGCCUUAUAUGGGCCUUAUCGGUCGUUAUCCACUACCACUGAGUGCUGCAAAAAGUUGGCACCCUUGAACUAGGAAAUCUAAAUGGCCAGUUUUUAAUAUAAGUUAUUGCUUUAAUACUAAGAUGCUGGCAUAUUGAUUCUCUACAUUAAGAGAGGGAUUGUGCAAUAAUUAGAUGUUGUGCAGAUGGGGAGAGAGGAAGCCAGAAAUAAGCAGGAGAAACUUCAAAGGGUUUAGAGCUCUCUUAUGUCCAAGGUCAGAUUUUAAACGUAUGUAUGGUUGUUUUGACUAUCAUAUUGCAGUCCAGACACAAGUAACUUUCAUGAUAGCAGCAGCAAGAAGCCUCCAUCCUAACCUACGUGCCUGGCUUCACCCCACCACUCUGCUAGAGCAGUCUUAAUGACCUGUACCUUUGCAGAGUGUGGUGGUGCAGAGCUGAAGCUGCAGACCACAGCAGGUGGGAAGGAGCAGAUGGUAAGACAGGAGCGUUAUGAUGAAUGCAGAAAGGAGGAUGGCAGAAUCUGCAGGUUAAGUCAGGCAGCCGUCUUCUCACCAUAGAGUUGUGAGGCUUGCUUAUGCCCUGUCCAGACUGCAAUCUAGUAAAAUUGUAGCACCAAAUUACCUGUGUCACUUUGGGGAUGUAACUCAGGGUCAAGGGCACAUUUUAACCCAUGCUCUAGAUAAGCCUAAAGCAAUAAACUGGGGUUUAGCAUGUGGUAAACAAUUGCCUCCAAAGCCCACAGAAAUGAAGCCUCAUGUUGGGUGGUCAUUCUAGAAAGCAUAGAAAAGCAGCCUUGGCUAUUUGGGGGUGUGGGGUGGGGAGGCUACUACAGCAGCAACCCAGAAGUUCUUGGGUGUCUAACAAAGAUGAUGUAACUCAUGAAUGUGCAAACCGGAGGUGCUAAAUUAGUAUUCCUAAUUUGUGUUAGAGCCAAUAGGUUAAAUUUCUCUCCAAUCUAGAUAGUACGGCCUUGUAUAUAUUACUUAGAUUUCUAUCAGAAUGGCCCAGACAGAAGUAGUUGAGGUGAGUGGAGAGUGGAUUUAGGGGAGGGGUGAAAAGGAAGGAUUUUUCUGGUUAGUCAUGAUAGGAUGCUCCUGGAGGUCUGAGACCUGCUUCUUGAUCUGCUGCAAGAAGCUUGGCCUGCCCUCAUACUAUGUGCUCCCCCUGGACUUGUGAAAUGCCUUUCGCUUGUGGUGCAACAGUUCAGGAGCUCAAGCCUGCCUGGAAGCAUCACAUUCUGACCUGGAAUUCAGUUCCCAGAGGUUUGAGGGAAAGCUGGAAUGCUUCAGUAGUGAAAGCAAGUCACUCUGCAGAUGCUCAGAGGCACUUUGAACCAAGCUGACAUUCAGAAAAGACUCUAGGGCUAAGCCCUGUUGUGGCUCUGGCUCUAAUUAGGUCAUAUAUAUGUGGCUUUAUUGAUCAUUUAAACUAACUUGUUGCAGAGGCUGGACUUAACUUGUCUCAGCUAGUACAUGAAUAAUCUUGCUUCUUCCUUUUAGCUUCCUAAGUCCUUGGCUACACAUGCAGUUUAAUGAGGUGGAAAUAAAAACUUGCAAGUAGAAAACCAGAGCAGGGAAGCUGAUGUGCAAGCAUCAUCAUCAUCAUCAUCAUCAUACUUGCAGAAAGAUUUUUUUUUUUACUGUGGGGGAGCAUUUAAAAAAAAUUAUAUCCUUCAUUUGAAAUGGGACAGUCCAUUCUACUACCUCUAUCUGCUGUUUGUGUUGAAUAAACUCAAGAUUCUGGCUCAUGAGGCCAAAAUUAAGGCUGCUAAAUCACUGAGGUGCAAGGGGAAGCCCUGCCUCUUCUUCAUAGCACACUACAUAGGACAGAAAGGUGCUUUGCUCCUUUCCUAACUUGCCAGUCAGGGUAAGAUUUCUUGCUUGCCAAUGCCAAUUAGUGUAAGAGCCAAGAAAGUGUAAGACUCAGGAAAGCAGUACUUUUAACCGAGUUAGCCGAUAAUCUUCACAUCAUCCCAUCUGUUAUUUGCAUCAAUGAGGGCUAUAUACCUUUUAAAAAGGAAAGUUUAGAAAAGUCCAGGACCCAUAAAGCUCACUGAAAUCCACUAGGUUCAAUAAACAUCCUCCUGUGUUGCUGUCUGUUGUUGCAAAAAUAGGGGCUGGGGCUGGCUGCAAUACAUGGCUGGUGGGCUAGGCUUGAUUUGUUGAGUCUGGUAGCUGCAGGCCACCUCCAGCCUCAUAGGCAAGAUGCCUCUGAAUACCAGGUGCAGGGGAGCAACUGCAAGAGAGAGAACAUGCCUUCACUUCUUGCCUGUGGGCUUCUCAGAGGCAUCUGGUGGGACACUGUGUGGAGCAGGAUGCUGGACUAGAUAGGCCUUGGGCCGGAUCCAGCAGGGCUGUUCUUAUGUUCUUAUGAGUCAAAGUUGUAGGCUUGUCUUAGAAUCUGGGCCAGAAGAUAGGCACAAAAUGGAAGACCUUUAAAUGGAGCCAGUUCUGCCCCUACAAAUGAGAAGAACCGUGUCCUCCAGCUUCAAAUACUGGUCAUACUGAAUGCAACAGGGUUGCUGUUUCUAUACAAAUUGGAUUUAUGGCCUCCUUCACAGUGCCUAUUCCUGGGCACAACUAACAGUACUCAGUCUGUUCUCUCAUGUUUUAAUGUCCAUUUUGAAUUGUUUUGGUUUAAAUAUCACAUGCUCCCAUAACACACACACACACACACACACAAACACACACACACACACACACACACACACACACACACAAUAUUUCCCAAGCAGACUCUAAAAUCAUUUAAAACAAGGUCACGUUUGGAUUUUUAAAAACAAAUAUAUAGUUCGGACCUUUCAGGACUACCCAUUUUUAUUAUCUCUUUGGUAUGCAUAGGUCAAGUGUCUUCCUCAACAAGGCUGAGCUUAUGUUGUGGGGAUACUACAUUUUGCUAGUAUUGACUAUGCUGUAUUUUGUGCCCAGGAAAAAUGAUUUAUUUGCAGUAUUUUAUUUUGCCUCUGUCUUACUUGAGGGACCCCCAAGAUGGCUAAAGACAUCCUUAAAAGAUAAUGGUAUAAAAAACAUAAAGCUAAAAACAGACAAUUCUACAUCCAUUUGCAGUUGUGGGUUUAGAGUAUGGGUGCAUGUGUCAUGUGCACCCUUUGGAUGUCGCCUGUGAUGUGAAUGAUGAUGAGUGACACAAUAUGUGACCUGGACAUUGCACUAUUGCCUUUGAAUUGAUGCUUGCAGGACUAGGACAACAAGGUUGAAUAGCAGUUCGGCACACUUUCACUAAUCAUUUGAAUGUGCCUCCAAUAACCACAUUUAAAUUUUCAAAAUUAACCAGAGAAAUGUCAUAAUGUUUCCGAGGGCCAAAAGAAAGAGUCAGCAGAGAAGCUAGAAUUAAAAACAUAGAUGUUUCUAAAAUCUAGGUGUGACCUGUUCAGAUCAUAAAAUCACAAAAUAAAACCCCAAACCACAUCAAAACAGCCACUGAAAAAAGAGAAAAUGAAUGCCUAUUAAGGUAGACGGAUGACAAAAUGAUCAACUUCCUAAAAUCAUAACAGCUGUUAGAAAAUGUAUAUAGGUGUACAUAUCUAUGCAGCUAUCUUUGCAUUGUUUUCUAUAACCUGUAUAACACUGUGCUAUACCUAGAAUGGUGUUAAAAGCAUGCCGCAUGAAGGUUUAUAAAUAUGGGCAUAAUGUGUGCAUAAACCCACAGAAGAAAAGUGAAAGAGCAGGAACUACUUCAAAAAAGGCCAUGCUUUGUAAUCAAAUCAUUCAUGGGUCAGCUACUGAAUUUACUGCUAAAAUCUCCUAGCCUUUCUGGAGUUUGCAAUACACUAGAGAAGGGCCCAAAUCUUGCCUCAGAUCCAGCUGCUUUUAUAAGGUUAAAUUGGCUGAAACAUGACACUCUCCACCACUGAAGAAAUGGACUAAUAUCCCUUCUCUCUUUUCUCAAAUAACUGAAACCAAAUCCCCCCUUGGGGUCUGUGUGAAUUCUGAUCUGGAUCUGCAGUCUGCAGUUUGGACCCAUCACUAGGAUUUUAUUUAUGUUACUAUGCAGGUGAAGCCAAAUUAUGAGCUAAGGCAUUUGUUUGUUUGCUGUGCACCUUUCACAUUUAAACAACUUUUCAUUUUCAUGGCUCCUUAAUAAUGGAGGUACCCUAGGUUCCCUUCCACUCCACCUGAGGAACUUGUAACAAAACGGUUUCUAGGCACUGAGUAACAGAGCAAGUGGAGAAAUGGGCCCUGAAAUAGCAUGAAUGCUGCACAAUAGAGCUGAGUGCAUCUUUAAGGGGCAGAUGUCUGGCCUAAGGGCAGAGGAAACAGAGGGAUGCAUUUACUGUAGGGCUGUGGGAAUUUUUCAGUGGCCAGCAACACAAUUACUCCGAGUACUGUGUUUGUUUUUUUGAUCCCACACCCUGCCAAGGAAGAGGAAAAAGGCUUUCAGCACAAUGGAAAGAAUGGUACAUCCAGGCAGCCACAGGGCGAUGUCUGGUAAUCCCCUCAAGUCCCAGAGCCCUACUGGAGAAAGAGGCAAUCCCAUUUUAAUAUUUUAUACACCCCGCCUUUCCCCCUCCUGUUUAUAGAGCACUUUGCCGCUCUUUUGUGGAAUGAUGUUUACCAGAUGUAUUGUGGCCUAAGCAUUCUUGGGCUAGCUAGAGUCUCCUUUGUCAGUGCAUCUGAUGAAGUGAGUACCAGCUCCCAAAAGCAAGUGCUGCAAUGAACUGGUCUAUCACAAAUCUCUUUGUGGGUUUUGCUCCAACAACAGACCAAUAGGUUUAUCCUUUUAGAAUGAUUUUAUUUAGGGAUGUGCACAGACUGUUUGGAGCGGUUUGGUCCAAAGUCAAACCGAAUUCGGACCAAACUGCGGGUAUGUGAACAGGUUGCAUCGAAUGAUCGUCUGGGACGGUCGGUUCAACGAACCAGCUUGAAGCGGUUCGGAGUGGUUCAUGAUUGAACCACUCAAACUGGCCUGGGUCAUGGCAGUCUGAUUCGCAAUCUAACUGGUUCUGCACAUCCCUUAUUUUAUUAUCUACUGCCUGGGGCUACAGAGUAAGGAUCUCUUUCAAGCACAAUAGCCAAAACAGCCUUUCAUGGCUGAUGUAGCUCCCUGAUGGCAGGGUCCUCGAACCCACUUUGCAAAACACGCAUCAACAUGUUCAGGAGCCCUUUGAGCCCCCAUAUUAUCCAAAGUACAGACAUUCACUACCCGAUUGUGCAGAGAUCUCUGUCCAUUUGGUCAGAAUCUGUUCAAACCCCAUUGCCUUUUAUGUCUUCCAGCUCAUGCUAUCCUUAAACUACCAGCAAUAUUUGCAGUAUAGCAGAAUAACUGUUGUAUCCUAUCCAGUUAACUUUUGCAGUUUGUUUCUUUGGACAUUUGUCACAUUUUGUCAUUCAAAUGAUGCUGUAGAGACUGUGGGGGAGGAGUCAGAAAGGAAAAGGAAGGGAGAGAAGGGAAAAAAGGAGUUGUUGCGGAAUAAACCUUAGUUCAGGGCUGCUCAGCUUUCGCCCUCCUGCAGAUGUUUACCUACAACUCCCAUAAUCCCUGGCUAUUGGCCACUGUGGCUGGGUAUUAUGGGAGCUGUGAUCCAAAAACAGUUGCGGAGCCUAAGUUGAGCAGGUCUGCCUUAGUUAAAUCCAUACAAGAUUUCCUUGUGUGUAUGAGGGAAGCAGCUACAAAACUAUUUCUACCUAUUUCUACCCAGCACACUACUCUCUUGUUUCCUAUGCCCAUGCUGGAAAAAAUGAAAGGGUAUCUGACACCUCCCAUCCCUUUAAUUUUCAUUGUUAUGAUGAAUUCUAUUUUCUUUAGAGUCUAACAAUUGAUCCCUGCUAUUAUAUAUGGCUAGAAGUGUUACUUCUUUUCCUUUUUCUUACUCUAGUAUUCCCAAGUUAAUGUCAUUCUCUCAGGCAAUUUAAAGAGCUAUUCCUUGCCAUCUUCUCCUACAUAAGUUGCUCUUGCUCAUAAACUUGCAAAUCCUGGUCUCAGAACACAGAGAAAGACUUGGCUGGGUUUCAGCAUUAUUAUGCUAAUUUACACCAGCCCACAAUUUGGCCCAAUGGAACAUUUUAAGGUGGUAGCUGGCAAAUGAAUCCCUUAGUUGUCAUUUAUCUUCUCGGGUACAUUUUGGCUUCUAUGAGAUGUCCAAUGUUGUGCUAUUAAGAUUUUUAAUUUCAAAAUCUAUGUGUAUGUGUAAAUAUGUAACAGAACUGUGUGUAUUAUUUCAAGAUUUGUAAGGCUGUUUUCUACUGAGAGCAAAGAAUGUAAUUAGCCAACUGCACCUGCUUCCCUGUUACCUGAGACACUGCAGAUGUCCUACAAAGUCAUAUUACUAAUUAUUGCUUGAAAUGCGAAAGAAAGGAUCUUGGAUCAAAUAAGUGUGCGUUUGCCUAAUUUGAGAGAAUCAAUAAGAAAAAGAAAUCCAAGAAGGACUCAUAAUAAAGAUGCCGUGGAACCGAAUCUUUUGUUUCCAUGGUUACUGGAAGAAUGGGACCAAUAAUAGUGAGAGGACUUGCUAAAGAAAGAGAACUCAUGGGAAUGUCGAAUCAUUUAACCAUGUGUUUGCUUGACAAAAAUUUAGACACCAGCUGUAUCUAAAUUGCACAAUGUGUAUAGAACUUAUUGUUACUUACAGGAGUCCUCAGCACUGAUUGGCUGCUGGGAGCCGAGAUAUUCUCAACCAGUAAAAUGAAUUAUUUGUAUAUAAGGAUAGUUAUCUGUGUAUAUGUAUAUAUACAUACAUACAUACAUACAUACAUAUAUAUAUUAUAUAUAUAUAUUUCCAAAUGGACAUUUGCUGUCUGGUUGAUCAUGUGUGUACAUAAUAUAUUCUUCAGAGGAUACCACCAAUUUUGUAAAUAUCAGCACCAGUUAAAAAUAAAUAGGUAUAUUACAGAGAAUUCAUUUUGACAUAAGAUGUGUGUGACAACAAGCGAAGAAUAAACUUUUGACAGGC